AUGGUAAAAUUAAGGCCGACCUCCACACAUCUUUCUGUCAGAAAUUUUGGUAAUUAUUUACGAGGACCUGUUAUUGGAAUUAAUUUUGGAUUUACAAAUUCUUCUGUGUCCAUUUUAGAGGGCAGAAAAGCAAAGGUUCUCAAAAAUGACGAAGACUUUUUCACAACUCCCUCAGUUGUUGCCUUUACUGAAGAUGGGGAAUAUUUAGUUGGUGCUCCAGCUGUUAGACAGGCUGUUUUGAAUAGUCGAAAUACAAUUUUUGGUAUUAAACGAUUAAUUGGACUCAAAUAUGAUGAUGAACAAGUUCAGGAUUUUAUGUAA